AUGCUUGUGGAGGGAGGACUGCCCACCGUGGAGUGGCUGAUGAAUUUCUGGGUCCUCUGGGGCAUCUGCAAACCCUACCGUGGCUUUCACCCUGCCCCUGGGUACCUUCGCUGCCAGCCUUUAUCAGGGGUUGGAGCCCCGAGAUGGAAUGACUACAGUGUACCCGAGGAAUUUAACUUUGCAAGUGAUGUCCUAGACUACUGGACUCAAAUGGAGAAGGAGGGCAAGAGCGGUCCAAACCCAGCCCUGUGGUGGGUGAAUAACCAAGGGGAUGAACUGAAGUGGAGUUUCAGAGAGUUGACAGACCUAUCCCGCCAUGCAGCCAAUGUCUUCACCCAGACCUGUGGCCUGCAGCAGGGAGACCGUCUAGCCUUGAUUCUGCCUUGAGUGCCUGAGUGGUGGCUGGUGGCCAUAGGCUGCAUCCGAGCAGGAAUAAUCUUCAUGCCAGGAACCAUCCAGUUGAAGGCCAAGGACAUUCUCUACCGAUGACAAGUGUCCAAAGCCAAGGGCAUCGUGACCACAGAUACCCUUGCCUCAGAGGUGGGUUCUUUAGCUUCCGAGUGUCCUACUCUGAAAACAAAGCUCCUGGUGUCUGACCAUAGCCAUCAAGGGUGGCUGGACUUUGAAUGCCUUUGCAGAUCAGCCUCCCCAGAUCAUACCUGUAUUAAGUCAAAGACUCUGGACCCAAUGGCCAUCUUCUUUACAAGUGGGACCACAGGCUUCCCCAAGAUGGCAAAACACAGUCAUGGAUUUGCCUUGUGAUCCUCUUUCCCUUCAAGCAGGAAAUUGCUGCAACUGAAGACAUCUGAUAUCUUCUGGUGCCUUUCGGACACAGGCUGGAUUCUGGCGGUCUUUGGGUGCCUGUUGGAACCAUGGACAGCAGGGGCUACACUCCUUAUCCAUCAUCUGCCCCAGUUUGACCCCAAGGUUGUUGAACAGAUGUUGUUCAAAUACCCCAUCACCCAUUGCUUUGCUGUGCCAUUUGUAUAUCGAACGAUUCUACAGCACAGUUCUACCAGUCUCAGGUUCCCUACCCUGGAGCACUGCAGUGCUGGCAGGGAGGCUCUGCUGCUGGAGGAUCAAGAGCAGUGGAGAAAACGGACAGGUCUUCUGCUCUACGAGGUCUACGGACAGUCAGAAACAGGUGGCAACCACAGGCAGCCAGGAGCUGGCCCCAGAAGUUCAUUUCUGGAUGCUCAUGUGGACAGCACACAGGGAGUAAGUUGUGUCACUCUCCGUGGAAUGAAGAUCAAGCCGGGUUCCAUCGGGAAAGGCAUCCCCUCCUUCGACGUCCAGAUCAUUGACGACAAGGGCAACAGCCUGCCGUUCAACACUGAAGGCAACAUUGGCAUCAGGACGAAGCCCACCAAGCCCAUUGGCCUCUUCAUGGGCUAUGAAGACAACCCAGUAAAGACAGCCAAAGUGGAGUGUGGGGACUUUUACAACUCUGGAGAUAGAGCAACUAUGGAUGAAGAGGGCUACAUCUGGUUCCUGGGGAGGAACGAUGACAUCAUCAAUGCCUCUGGGUACCGCGUCGGGCCCGCAGAGGUGGAGAAUGCCCUGGCCGAACACCCGGCUGUGGCUGAAUCAGCUCUGGUGAGCAGCCUGGACCCAAUUCGAAGGGAGGUGGUGAAGGCAUUUAUUGUCCUGACUCCGGAAUUCCUCUCCCAUGACCGGGACCAGCUCACCAAGGAGCUACAGCAGCAUGUGAAGUCAGUGCCAGCCCCGUGUAAGUACCCCAGGAAGAUGGAAUUUGUCUCAGAGCUGCCCGAAACCGUCACUGGCGAGAUUAAAAGAAGUGACCUUCGGAAAAAGGAGUUUGGUCAGAUGUAAUCAGCAAAACCCUCAGAAACCACUGUGUCUUCUUUGCCAAAUCCCUGGCUGCCUCAGUUUCCUCACUAUGGGGAGGGUGAGGAGGGGAGUGUUGGACAUUGAUUUUAAGAGCAUAAGGAGUGCUCACAUUGCAGCAUUUUUGUUCUUUUAAAUUACUAUCCAUUACUCUCCUGCUUCCAAGUCCCUGAGUGAGCGCCCAGGAUGUAGCUGGGGUAAUAAAGGGACAUGAGCAUCCAAGGGGACUUGUGUUGUGCUUUGAUUCUGUGAAUGAACCAGAGCUAAAUGCGGUCCCUCCAUGAUUCUCCCCAAGCCCCAUUGGAGAGGACUCUGGGGCCAGAUUCUCCCCCCUGGUUCCAGGGGCCCUGGGUGACUCCUUUUGUCUGUUCAACAACCACAACACAGAGGUCUGGGGAGGGACCCUUCCUUGGCCCCAGGUGUCCACCUCUGCCUGGCUUGCCCGUGCCCUGCUGGAGGGUGAGGUCAGGGCCAAGCUAGUGAGGUGGCUGGGGAAGGGGGAAGGCACCGAGGGCAGCCCAGCCUGGUGGUUCCACCUGCCUGCCAGACCAUUCCUCACC